UUGACCGUAGCUAGCGAGCUAUCAAAAUGGCCGAUUUAUGGCGCAUGCGCAGUGCAUAUCGCGCAGACGUCGCCGGUGCCUUGACAAGUCUCACAAAAAGAAAUGGACGACAGCAAAGUACGAGGAGGAGCUUCGUGGAAGGCAAGACGAGAACGGACGGCGACCAGCUUUCAAGAAUCCUCGAGACGUCAGUGGAAAUUGUCUUCGUUCCGAGCCGCAGGAGCCAGAGUCUCCCGACAUUAAAGAGGAGCAGCCGCAACCUCCCCAUAUGAAAACGGAGGAGUUAGACUCAUACAUUAAAGACGAGGUGGAUAUCACAGAGUUUCCAUUGACUGCGGACCUUCUGAAGAGUGAAGAUGAAGGUCAAUAUGAGGAGAACGGAGGGGCGGAGCGUCCGAGCCGCAGCUCGAGUCAACAACUGACAACAAAAGGUGAUAGUGAGCUCUGUGGAGGAUCACAAACAGACAGCCUCUUCGCUCCAAUAUCAGAUAGUGACAACAUGGCGUCAAACUCUCCGGACACUGAUGAUGAUGAUGAGGAGGAGGAGGAGGAGGAGUCUGACGGUGAUAUGACAUUUCAAACUGAGAAAAAACGCUGGAAAUGUUCAGUAUGUGGGGAAACCUUUGUCUACAAGUGUAUUUUGAAAAGGCACAUGAUACACCACACUGGAGAGAAACCUUUUGCCUGUUCAGAAUGCGCUAAAACAUUCUCACAUAAGGGACACCUAAAUACACACAUAAGAACCCACACUGGAGAGAAACCUUAUGCCUGCUCAGAAUGCGAUAAAACAUUCUCUUGUAAGGGACACUUAAGAACGCACACGAAAACACAUAUUGGUGACAGACCUUUUGUCUGCUCAAUUUGUGGCCAAAGAUUCUCUCGAAAGGAAAACUUAAAAACGCACACCGUAACACACACUGGCGAGAAAGCUUUUGUCUGCUCAGUUUGUGGUCAACGAUUCGCGAGAAAGGAAACCUUAAAAACACACACCAGCACACACACGGGAGAGAAACCUUUAGUGUGCUCAGUGUGUGGGCAAAGAUUCUCUACGAAGGAAUAUUUAAAAAUACACACAAGAGCCCACACUGGCGAGAAACCUUUUGUCUGCUCAGUUUGUGGUCAAAGAUUCUCUCAAAAGGUGAAUUUAAGAACACACAGAAGAACGCACACUGGUGAGAAGCCUUUUGCCUGCUCAGUUUGCGGUCAAAGAUUCUCAAGAAAGGAAACCUUAAAAACACACACUCGAACACACACUGGCGAGAAACCUUUUGCCUGCUCAAUUUGCGGUCAAAGGUUCUCUGUAAAGGAAUAUUUAAAAAAACACACAAGAGCCCACACUGGUGAGAAACCUUUUGCCUGCUCAAUUUGCGGUCAAAGAUUCUCUAGAAAGGAAAACUUAAAGACACACACUGGAACACACGCGGGUGAGAAACCUUUUUCCUGCUCCGACUGCGGUAAAAGAUUCACUCGACAGCACACUUUAAACACGCACACAAGAACCAACACUGGGGAGAAGCAUUUUGCGUGCUCAGUUUGUGGUCAACGUUUCUCUUGUAAGGAUGGGCUUAAAAGACACAAGUGUGCUGGUGAGAAUAGCGCAAAUCAAUAAAGAUUUAAAUGAAAUGUUGAUGUUUCAUAUUGAAGGUAGUAAUUACUGUGAUAGUUUAAAUAAUCAACAUGCUUGUUUUCUAUCUACUUCUAUUUCGUCUCGCUUGUUCUAUUUACCUUCUGAAUAGCCUCCAAGUGUUGAGAAUUAGCACUGUAUCUGGUUUGUCCAUGUCAAAUAAGCGAUACAAAUCCACUGUGAAGAAACUUUGACUCCUUGUGAGAAGAUGGAAAAGUGUAUAUGGAAUCCUGAAUAAAAAAACAACAACUCUUCAGACUGUU